AAAUCCCGCCUUAUUAUUUUGUGACUGGCAGCCUUAUGCUAGGUUAGAUAUGGAGCAAAUUGUUUAGGAUCAAGAAAGUUUUGACGGGAAUAUCACAUCAGAUAAUGGAUAAGCAGAAGCUGUUUAUGAGGACUAGUGGUGCCUGUAUCUAUGGUCUCCAACAUUGCUGAGCUCACACACACAUGAUAGCUGAAUGCUUAGUGCUGGAAGGCUAUAGAGUGUGCCGGGAUGCCAGAGGUAGUACAGAAUCAGACAAACACCCCCAAACCGCCACGGCGGAAGAAAAACAAGGAGAUUCAUAAUGCAGUGGAAAGGCAUCGUAAAGAAAAAAUAAAUACUGGCAUUAAUCGGAUCGGGGACCUUUUGCCUUGUUCUCAGGCCUUGAAGCAGAGUAAGAAUAUGAUUUUAGCUGAGGCUUUUCGCUACAUCAGUGAACUAAAGCGACAAAAUGAUGAAAUGCUGCUGAAUGGUGCAGAAGAAGUCCAAGCGGAGGAGAUUAAGCAUUUACGGUGCCAGCUGGAAGACCUGCGCAAAGAAAGUGCACAUUAUAUUGAGCUCCUCAAAGCUAAUGGGAUAAAUUUCCUGGAUGAUCCCACCAUUCACUGGAAAGGGAAGCAGCGUUGUGCAAAAGUAGCCAAAGUAACUCCAACUCACUUGACAAAUGGAAUAAUUGUGUACUCCGAUGGGAACAAUUCAUGUCCUACAAGCAAAGAUUCGAUUCCAUUAAAUCCAGCUUCUCAUCUUGAUAAACAACCAACAAAUGCUGUAACAGUCCAACCAUCAUGCAGUAUUGCUUUGGGUACAAGCCAGAGUGUUGGUAUUACAAAUGGAGCACCAGUAAACAAAGUUGUCAUUUCCUCUGCUUCUUCACACAUACCUGUAGCAACUCUUAUUCCUGCAGUGUCCAAGCCAUGUCUAACAGUUGUGGAACAAUAUUCUCCUCUCGCACCAACUACUCCAAGAUUGAACCCAUCUAUGAAUUAUGUUACUGUUCAAGGUCUAUGUUCCCAGUCUGCUGUCACCACCCCGCUCCCUCCACAACGUCAGCCAGAUAACCCAACCCCUAGUCUCACUUCUACUACCAGUCCAGCCAUACCUCUCAGACUUCAGCCUAUGCCUAGCCUGUCUUCACUGCCUCAAGUUGUGAUCAGUAACUCUGUGGUUCCUGCUGCUGCUGUUGCCACCGCUGUACUCUCACAGAAUUCUCAAGUUCAAACUGUUAGUACUAUACUACCAGCAAGCUCUACCCUUCUUAGAACAAGUGCAACAAGCAGCACCCAGACUACAUGGACAACACUACAGCUUGCAGGAAAUACAGUGCAACCUGUUUCUCAGGCAUUGGUCAAAGAUUGUGCCAGCAAUUCAAAUAAUCUUCAGCAACCAUCUGUAUGUUCAGUGGGGACAAAAUACCUUGGGGAGCCUACUUCUUUCCAAUUCCAACCACAGAUUCCUAUGCAAGUGCAGGCCCCAACACAAUCACACAUUCCAGUUCAGUCAUCUGGUCCAAGACCGCCUCGGAUAUAUUCAGCAGUUGUACCACAGUCUUCACUUUUGUCAGCACCAACCAUUCCAUCCCAAGCUUUAGUGCUCCAGCAACCAUCUGUUGAAUUACAGUCAGCCCAGUUGGCUCAUACACAACCAGCUGUUCGGACUCAACCUGCAUUAUUACCAAGACCUCAACAUAACUCUAACACCACCAUACAACCUAAACCUCCAGUUCAGUCUGCUAUGCCAUCUCAGCCAUCUUCACAGCCUACACUAGUACCCCAUGUCCAGUCUGCCGUUGUGCCUCAACUGCAUCUCAGUGUGGUGCCUCAAGCUCAGCCAAUCAUAAAUCCACCAACCCAGCCUGCCCUUGUGCCUCAGCCUCAAGCUGCUACACUGCCAGUGUUACAGACAAUGCAGGUAUUGCAGGUGAAUUCGGAUGAAACACCAGUUGCUGUGAGCUCAUCCCCUCAAAAUAACUCGCAUGUUGUUAUUCUGCAACAGGGAAGUUCGUGUCCAGCACCACAGGUUCUUAGAGAGGAGAGCCAGCCACCCUGCCAGCACAUAGUCAUAAUUCAGGCACCCACUCUGACACCUACACCACAAAGUCAUCACACUGCCAUUGUGUCAACUGCAUCCCCAACUUUAUCUGGUCAAAUGUCCACCUCAAAUACUAACUGUACAAUCAGCAUGCAGGCAGCUGGGGCAAAGCAGUUGGUAAACAUUCUCCCACGGCCCUCAACACAAUUGCAAGCACCUCAAACUAUCACUGUGAAUGGACAAGUAUAUGUUUUGCAACCGACAAAGUCACAGGAUAAGGGCAGUUCUCAGUCUGGUCAAUGUGUGACUCAAGUUCUUCAACCUGCUUGUGAGGAAUCCACCUCAAAUAUGGCCAUGAAUUGUUUGGGUGCUUUGACCAGCCUUAGUCAUAGCAUUUCAAAAGUUUCAAGUCAAAGCAAUUUGCAAAUAUACACCAUCACUCCACCUUCUUACACUACUGUGCAACCUGCUCUUCCAGUGUGCGGUUCAGAUGUCACCCCUUGUGGUGAAACUGUUCUUUCCCCCUCUGUUCCUGUACCUUCAAAUGCUGCUGGCAGUGCGGUGAAAAUCCUGCCAAAGAAAAGUAGUCUGACCUCUGGAAACCAAACCAGACAAAGCUCAGUCAGGAGAACCAGAUUAGUUAAGCGAAAAGAACGUGGACAGAGUAUGCGUAGAAUUGCUGCAAAGAGUAAAGCAUGUGUUGCAAAUACUACUAAUUCAAAUAAUUUGGGUAAAGAUACAGUUAGUCAGGAUAUGAAUACCCCUAACAGUGUUAGUUCAACAAGUAGUGGUUCUGCAGUCAUUAGUGUCAGUUCCUCAAGUGAAAAAUCAAAAGAGAGUUCGGUCUUGCCUUCAGAGAGUGGAUCAGUUGUUAAGCCCUCAACGUCUGAUGGAGAUACUUCAAAGACUGCAGCAAAAUCUGUAGACAUUGUCCCCUUGUGUAACAGUGUAAUGGUUAGUAGUGUUAGUUCACCAACAAGUUCUACUCAAGGUAGCGUAGUUGUUACCACAAAUUAUGACAGGUUCAGUAAGGAAAUAUUGACUCCAGAUAGCGGUCCCAAUCCUAAUAGCUCAGCUGUCAGUGUUGCCCUCUCUUCACAAUGUAAUACUGUGGAUACAGUUGCAGCUUCACUUGCCACAUCAAAAGUUCAUGUUAACUCCUCAUGCAGUGUGACAUUUUGUAGUGAAACCGCCAGUCAAAAUAAAGAAAUUGCCAGCAAUGUUUGCACCAGUAAUAAAAGCAGAUCAACAGAAUUGGCGCCCAGUUUAGCGAAUAGACCUACUCCACAAACCAAUGUAAGUUCUACCCAAACCAAUUCAAUAGUCAAGUCUGUACAUUUUGCACCUUCCCAGCCCCCACUAUCAGGUGAAAUGUGCACAUCCAAUAGACGGUUAGACACUCGUGCUGUAUCAGCCAGCGAACCAAUGGUUUGCAUCAUGCCAAGUCAGAGUAUUUCACAAAUUCAAGCUAAGCCCACUGGGGAACAGUUGACUGGCUCUCCUCAAUUUCAAACAUCAUGUAAUGUGCCCUCAACUUCUGGUUCUAACCCUAACACCUCUUUGUCAACUCAACCUGUUCAGCUUCCAGAGACUUCUAGGAUUUCAGAUCCAUUCAAGUCCCUAAAACAGACAUCUGCAAUGAAUACAUCAAUGGCAACCAUUCGUGGAACUGGUACAGUUUUCAAGUUGCCUGACUCUAAUAUAAACAAACAACCUGGCAAGGAUGGACAAUCUAAUGGUGUCACAGAGAAGGUUGUGACAGAAGUAGGUGCCUUUGCUCAAAAAGAGAUGGUUGCUCCACAGCAGGAAUGUGCAUUGGAAAAUGACUCAUUUGGGCCCCCACUAGGAUCCAGUAGACAGACUGAUUCACCCCUGGCAGGAGGUUCAGGUGGCAGAGGGUUUUCUGUUGCUUCACUGCUUCCAGCAGGCCACAACAUCAGUGCCUCUUCAAGCACAUUCGGUUCAUUCUCUUUUACCUCUGAGCAGGCAGAAAUAUUAGCAAUGGCUGCGAGAGCCAUAUUUGAACAGGAGAGCCCAGGCAAAAGGACUGCUAUUUGCAAUGAUAACCCAACAAUUACUGCUGCCACCGGGUGGGACCUUCCAAAAAUGCUGCCAACCCCUUCUGCCAAGGAGCGCGUUAAUGACCACCAGGUGAAAUUGACAGAGCAGCCUGAUUUACCCAUGUCAAAAACAUCAUCUCAGGUUUCUGGACGAGGUGCUGCAAUUGAGCCAUUGGUCAGUGGCACCACUGGCAUCAGGCAUUCACAGAGCAUAGCUUACUCACAGUCUCAGCCUAGUACUGUCACCAGUCUUAAUGUUAACAACCUCAUCAGACCAAACUCUAGCCAACCUUAUCCAGGAUCUCCUAAUCUUGCACAUCAGGUUCCUGUUCCAUCAUCAGGGAGUUCUGCCAUUAUGGUGUCUCAGUCUUCCUCUCAAGUUCCCCCAACCUGUUCUGCCCUAUCACAACUUAAUGAAUAUGCACCUUUGAAGAAUGCCUUGUUGCGAACCCAUGUUGGUGUAGGAAUGUCAAAAAGGUCUGCCCAAGAUGACCUUAUUCUUCCAAAUAAGCGUUCAAAGCCGUGUCCACCAGGGAAUGUUUCAAGAGUAGAUAUUAAAGCUACAGAUCAUGUCCAAAUGAUGGUUAGUCAGAUGCCCUCAAGUACUUCUGCAAUUAUGACAAGGAAUCACUCAGAUGGUGUUGGGCCUCUCUUUUCUGGUAAUACUUUGAUGAGCACUAUUCUUCGACCUACUGAAGGGCACUGCUCCACUCUGGUGCCAACACAUGAACAGACUCAGCCAAGUGUGGUGCACCUACAGCAAGGGCAUGUGCAACAUAACGCUUCACAGUCUGGACAAAACAUGGGUGGAAACCCCUAUCUCAAACAUCAACAACAGCAAGAACAAAGGCACCUUUAUCAGCUACAGCAUCACCUGACGCAACCAGAAUCUCAGAUCCAUGGUAUUCAUCAAAGGACCUUGCUGCAAGACCAGCACGUGCACAAAAAGAGAGGAGUAGUGCGUGGUGGCCAGACAGGACAGGUUAAUUUGCAGAAGCAACACCAUUUGGAAAAGACUGGUGUGCAGCAGCAGCAACAUCAACAACAACAGCCUCCCCAGCAACACCAACAACAACAGCCUCCCCAGCAGCACCAACAACAACAGCCUCCCCAGCAGCACCAACAACAGCAUCAGCAGCAACAAUCUCAACAGCAUCAGCAACAACAGCAGCAGCAGCAGCACCAUCAACAGCAACAAAAAGCACAACAGAUUCAACAGCAGCAACAGUCACACCAACAGCAGCAAAUGCCACCACAGAAUUCACAUUCACGCCAUCAGCAUCUUCAGCAGCAAAUUCAGCAGCAGCACUUUGGGUCUAGACAAGAGAAAAAUUGUGAGGCACAACAGGCAGGUCAAAGGGGACAUCAAAACCAACAUUUGGGUCAGCCCGAGCGUACACCUGCUCAGGAUCAUGGAGCUAUGCAAAGACUAAUGGGAUCUCGUUCAAUGGAGCUGCAGUUGACCUCCCAGGCUAGCAAUUCUGUUUCUCGCUCCUCAGAUCUUGCUUGCACUCCCUCACGUCAGGAGCGUCACCGUCUCUCUAGUUAUUCAGCAGAGGCUCUUAUAGGGAAAACUCCUGCUACAGGUGAACAGCGUAUGGGGGUGCAUCUGCAAGCACCUCGAAACACACAGGACCAGUCGGAAUUACGAGGCUAUGUAGACUCAUCACGUGGUAAAGGAAAUAUUAAUCAUAAUUCUCAGAAUAGGCUACCCCCUGACCAUGCCAAUACCCCAGACACACAGAGAAUACAUGAGUGUGGACCUUUCAAGGCUCUGCUUAGUGGGCAUCAACUGAGUAACUUUGAAGUCCAAGUGUCUCGAAGUGGUGACAUGUCCAGCAAGUCUGUACCCCAAAUUCAGAGAGGUCCUCAGUCCCAAGCAGGAUUCAGAAUGGGUGCCGGACCCACGGGAGAUGGACGUGCACGUGGAACGUAUUCAGGUCCACAUCCUGCUGCUCAAGGCUUGCACAUUGGAGCAGGCUUAACACGAGAUCAAGAUGGAUGUCACCAAAGCUUUAUGCAAAGUCUUUUGGCACCACAUAUUCCUGAGCAAACUGGGCAUCAAAGAUCAGCACAGGGUUGUACCCCAGCGAGUAUAGACUAUAACUGUGUUCCUGGGACGUCUGCUGCAGAGCUUCAAGCUAAAUCUUCUAGUCCCAAUUUACACCUUGCACAGAAAUCUGCUCCCAUACGUUUAGGAGACAAUAACAAAGGCCACCUUUCUCAAGUCAGUGGGAAUUUGCAUGGUCCACCUGUAAGAGCAGGUCCACCCCACCCCCCAACACCACACAGCAGUUCAGACACAGGACGUACUCAAGGCUCUGCCAGGUCGCUCUCGGCUAUUAGUCAGCGCCCCCAUCACAUUGGACCAGAUCCACAAAGCACAAAGAUCCGUCCAGGAGAUCGACCUCGGUCGAGCAACUUGAGACCUGGAAAUCCCUUUGAAUCAGAAAGCUCACUGCCUCUUCCAUCAGGUGGAGGUGUGCUCAUUGGUCGUACCCAAACAGGAAGCGAAGCAAGACGAAGUACCAUUGUACGUUUUAUGGCAGACGGUGCACAGGUCAGUGGUGAAAACAAUUUGGUGUCUGAACAACAUCUCACCCAGAAUUUUGGUUUUCCCUUUAUUGCUGAAGGAGGAAUGAACCCGCCACCUCCUAUUAAUGCCAAUGCAUCUUUCAUCCCACCCGUCACACAGCCCAGUGCUUCUCGCACCCCAGCCCUCCUUCCUGUGGAACCCCAGAACACUCUGCCUUCAUUUUAUCCCUCAUAUUCCCCUGCUCAUCCAAGCCUUCCGAGUGAGAUUCCCUUACAGUAUUUCCCCAACCAGAUGUUUACAAGCCCAAGCACUGACAAGAGCGCCACUGCACCUCUUAACAAUCGCUUUGGUUCAAUUCUUUCUCCCCCCAGACCAGUCGGCUUUGCACAGGCUAGCUUCCCUCUUCUUACAGAUAUAACACCAAUGUCAAUUGCGAACUCAUCAGGCAUCACACCUCAUUUAUCUAACUUCAACUUGACUUCAUUGUUUCCUGAAAUUGCCACAGCAAUGCCUCCGGAUGGCUCCUCCAUGCCAAUGUCUCCAUUGUUAUCUCUUGCAAACACUACUUCCUCAGACUCAAAUAAACAAUCAAAUCGCCCAGCCCACAACAUCAGACAUAUCUUGGGACAUGAUGGGACCUCUGCUGUCUAAGUCUACAGCAUUUAGAAAUACUUAGACUGCUUUUAAGAAAUGAUGAUGUUCUUAAAAAAUCAAGUAUGAUCUUAGCUUCCAUGUCAGCAUCACUCUUGAACUACUGGGACAAAAACAUCAAAUUGUUACUGGUUGUCUGUUGGCUUUUGGUUAGUUAACUUGGGUUUUAUUGCGCAACAUCUUGUACAAAUUGUCCAGGUUAUUUUUCUUAGAAAAGACCUUCCUUAUUUAAUAGAACAUAAUUGUAACUUCUUUUAAUGUGAUGCGACAAAAGUGAAUGGGUAAUAAAUUCCACAGCAAAAAAGGUUAUAACUUUGCAUUUGAUGCAAAUUUAAAUAUUUCUGUCUGUUUUGUAAAUUAUUUGUUUCUUCAAAUGUUAACAUUUUUUUCUUCUGCAAAACAUAAUUCCAAAAGAACUUUUACUUAUUUAUGAAAAUGCUUGCAUUGUCUGUAAAUAUUUGUAAAAAUAAUAAAGUUUCUAUCUA